AUGAGAAACAUCAACAUCAACGCGAUGGCAGUAGAUGGAAUAAAUUCGCGUAGUUCCAAAAAAAGUCCUCAAAAAUCCGCAAAGCCAGCCACAGCUGCGCUCGAUCAGUCCGCUGAAGGUGGGACCGACUUUCGGUCUUGCUCUGUCAGUGAAAUUCUCAGUGCUAUGCAAGAGCGAAACACUGACCCGCUCAUAAAUGAGAUGAUUUUAGCGUUACAAGAGAAAAUGGUUCAGACAGUUUCCGAUGCGAUCGAGGAAGACCGUAAAGGUCGUAGUAUAAGUCCCGUGAGCUGCCUGCUUCGCGUCGGCAAAUGGAGCUCGAAGAUAAGUGUCGACCCGAAUGCGUUGGGAUCCUACGACGAUUCGAAAAUCAGACUAAUUAAGGUAUUGUUGCCCUCAAAAUCACACUGGCUCAAGUCUCUCUCCAAUGCGCGUCUACUACGGCAAUCGGUCUUGUCGAAUGUGUUCAUAAGAAGAAGCAUGUCUGCUGAAGAGCGGUUGGCUGAAUCAAAAUUAAGGCAAGAAGCUCGCGACCGUAACAACAUCGCAAAGAAAAAAGAAUGGGUUGUUUAUAAAAGCGAGCUAAAGAGGAUCAGCGAACUGCCUUCAAGCCAGAAGUUUUCAACUCAGAGUGCCUCAUCUAUGAAUACGGUAAACAUGGUGAAGCAUGGUGCUUCGUCAACACUA